AUGGAUCGUGAUUUAGAUUUGUGGUUCAAGCCCGCCAAGACCGGCCGGCCUCACCUCGGCAUCACGAGACUCCAGGAGGAUGUGGAUUCCAUGGAUGCCUCAGUACCACGUUUGGGUGGACUUUUCGGUUCACGUCCCGGUCGACUGGGGGAGCAGUUCCCAGGAGAGGAGGCGGGCGGCGGAGAGCGACUACGUGAUAAACCUGGUGCAGAGCGUGCACAACAAGGCCGCGUGGCAGCGCAGACAGGCUCUUGGUGUUUUUCAAGCCAUCAGCGAGUUGUUCUGCUGCACGACAUCAUCGGUGGACACGGACGAGCUGAGGAUCUGAGGACAUCUGAGGCCCUUCUUGGCAAACUGCGGACAAGAGUGGCCGAGGAGCACGCGUUCGAUCCGGUACGUGCCGUGGCGGCGCUGUCACCUUCCUCAAUCCUUUGCCCUACCGGUCUACGGGUCUUGGGCAGCGGUUUCAUCGGCACGGCUUUCCUCGAGGAGGAGACAGGCGAGGUCGCCAAAGUCAUGCUAGACGACUUUGCCCAAAAAGGAGUACGACCUCUGCCGGACAUUUGCCUCCGCGAACCUGGCCGCUUCACCGUCAAUGCGUCUCCGAAGGUGGACUGCAGCAGCUGA